CAACACCAACGCAGUCCAUUAUGGCAUUUAAUACGGUAUGGGCGCCCGACCAUGCUGCUGGCAGUGCCGCUUGAGGUGCCCCUCCUAAGUCCUUCCAAUGCGCAUAUUGUCAUCUCGUCAUUGGUGAGCAGUAGGUGGACCUUGGCGGCAUUCGGGGGGCCAUCAUCCUUGUCUUAGACACUGAGGCAGCUGUGCGGUGCAACCCAAUUGCAGCAUUGCAUAGGCCGCUGCAGCCGCGCCCUUCCCCCUGGCCGCCAUGGCCAGCUGGCACACCUGACGCUGUAGCAGGCUGCCACACUCCUUUCCUCGCUAGCGCCUUGCUUGCAUGACAUACAAGCUCGGCUGAUCUUGGGGGGCUCUCUGCAUCGGGCACCCAAAUGGUUCAGGCCAGCCUCGUCUACUCUUGACAUGACAUCAGCACCUCCAGUUGGCGAGGAGGCUGGGGCCCCCCGUGUUGUGGCCGGGCAGGAGCGCCCGCCGGAGCUGGGGCGCUCCUUGUCGCUGCGCACCCGGCGACAAGGCCUGGCCGUGAGCGACCUGGUCAUUCCAGGGAAAGGACUCGCGCACAGCCCAGCCAGCCAGGCAACGGGGGGGCAGGGCCUCACUCAGAGCCAGGCCCAGGCGCCCUUCUCCUCUCCGGACACCAGUGCCCCUGCGAAUGGUCCCCCAGAGCCCGACGCAGGCGGCGCCAGCCUGGAGGAGCGGCGCCUGCGCACUUGGGCGGAGGCUCAUGGCCUGGAGGGCCCAGGCAGCGAUCGCUUGUGGGAGAGCGCAGUGGUCAGCGCCAGGGAGCUGCCUAGGGCAGGCAGUGGCGGAGACAGUGCUACAGGCGACCCACCUCCCAGUGCGCGGCUCGGCCGGCUCUGGCGCAGCCUCACCCGCCGCACCAGCUCCUGGGUGGAGUCACCCGGCGGGCCCAAGGAGGGCAGCGCGCCACCCGCAGCGGAGGCGCCCUCCCCGGAGAAGCCGGGCGCUGCGCGCAUGCAGGAGGAGGAGCGCCGCUCGGCCGCGCUGUCUCCAGGGCUGGCCCCUGCGGAGCGCCUCCUGCUGGCCGAGGGGGCGCGCCGCCUCUCUGGCCUCAGCCGCAUGCGCAAUCGCGCCAGAGAGCGCAACGAGCAAGCGCAGGCGCACCGCCUGGACCGCGCGCUGCAUCGCAGGGCCCUUCGCGCGCACAGCCAUCCGCGCACGGGUCUCGCCUCCCCUGAUCCUGGGCCCGCGGUGCCCAAGACCGCCCCGGCAGCCGCAUGGCCGGGGGGCCUCCCCAGGACGCAGUCGGCGCCUUCCUGGGCCCCCACGCCGCACUACCCUAUGAGCGGGCCCCUGCUCUGGAGCAGCGACACCUCGGCGGACCAGCCCACGGCCGGCCCGGCGUCGACGCCUUCCAGCGAGGGGCCUUCGUUGGGUAGGGGGGAUGGCCCCAGGGGGGCGCCGGCUGUGGCUGCGGCAAAGAAGUCCCCGCUCGGGCUCCCGCCAGCGACUGCCCCUGGGCCGUCCGUAGAGGGCAGCGAGGACAGUGUGCGCGACGGCGGCAGUGGGGGGUCCCCCGGGCGCUCUUCCCCCAGUGCUGGUAGCAGCAGGGACGGCGGCACCUCGUACGCCACGGGGGUGUCUCUGGAGCCGUUGCUCCGUAGCAGUAGUGGCCUUUUCCUGCCGUGGGGAAGCGCCAGCCUGCGCGACAGCCCGGACGGCAGGGAGGGGGAGGGGGGGGCGGGCGCAGAGGCCGGGGUGAGCCCUGCUGCCUGGCGCGGGCUGCCGCUGGAGGCGCGGCUGCACACCAUUGACGUAAAACAGCUGUUCCUGGGAGCGGAGGUGGCGGCAGGCGCGUUUGGGCGGAUCUUCCGGGGGCAGUACAAGAAACGAGAGGUGGCGGUGAAGGUGCUGCGCAUGACGGCGUCGCAGGAGGCCGCGGACGCCAUGGCGCACCAGUUCCAAAACGAGGUGGGCAUCCUGUCGCAGCUGGAGCACCCCAACAUCGUCAAGUUCGUGGGCGCCUACUGCUGCCCCCCCGUGCGCACGCUGGUGAUGGAGUACUGCCGCGGCGGCAGUGUGCGCCACUGGCUGCGCCUGCGCCGCGGCCAGCUCAUCCCCCCGCUGCAGCUCCUCGACAUGGCCGCCGACAUCGCCCACGCCGGCGCAUACCUGCACUCGCAGGGCAUCGUCCACCGCGACCUGAAGACGGAGAACCUGCUGUUCACGGCCGACGGCACCAUCAAGCUGGCCGACUUUGGCGAGGCCGUCCGGCUGGGCCCAGCGGGGACGGCGCGCGGCGAGAUUGGGACCUACCGCUGGAUGGCGCCGGAGGUGUUGGCGGGCAAGGCGUACGGCGGUGCGGCGGACGUGUACAGCUUCGCGCUGGUGCUGUGGGAGCUGCUCACGCUGCAGCUGCCCUUCCCCGACAUGACCGGCAUCCAGGCCGCCUUCGCCGUCGUCGCGCGGGAGGCGCGGCCGCCCGUCCCGGCGCACUGCCCCCCGGGCCUGGCGCGGCUGAUGACGGCGUGCUGGGCGGGCAACCCGCGGCGGCGGCCCACCUUCGACGACGUGCUGGCCAUGCUGGCGCGCGCCGCACCCGAGCUGGAGCAGGAGGACGAGGGGGGGCCGCGCACGGGGCGUACGGCGCGCUGCUGCUGACCCGGAUCGCCGGGGCAAGCACGAUUGGACAGAGGAACGUCUGAGAUGUCGCGAAGAGAUCACGAUUGGCCUGCGGCAGGGCUGGUUCUUUGACCUACCGGGCCUCGUUGCAAAUGACAGUCCGCCUGAAGCGCAGGUGCCCGACUGAAGCAUAGGACCAAGGCGUUGAUGGACGAGCGGUGCUCGAGCGGUCAAUCAUACAUCCAGGCAUACGAAGUUGUAAUAGCCGACAUUGAAUUAGGGAGCCAUACUUCGGAUGGAGUUAAGUUGGAGAUUAUACUUAAGUCGCUUACUGUUUUUCCUUGUCCGUUAGCUCCUGAUGAAGCUGCCUUGACUAUCUGAACAUUCCAUCUUCGGAUACGGUUCCAUGCGCUCUCAAUUUUCUGAGCGUCCUCUGCCUG